AUGUGCAAUAAUCUUAUUAGAUUAAAAGGUGGUGAUGAUGUGGAUGGUUCUUCUAAUACAAACGAAGCAGAAUCAAUUAUUGGUGCAGUGAACUUUGAGUUAUCUUCUGUUGAAGAAAGUGCGACUGAUGGAGUGGAUAUUAUUCAAAAGUUGCGUAUCGUAAACUCACAAAUACUUCAACUACUAGACGAAACCGAGCGUUAUGUACAAUAA